UAUCAUCAAAUGAAGACUUACUAUCUCUUGAAGUCAUUCAUCUGUUUUGCCUCCGAUUCACGAAAGGCUAACCAAUCGUCGAAAGAGCUCUGGUAUAAGACGGUUGAGGAACACUUGUUGGUCACUCACGGAUCAGACCAUCCGUGGUAUGCAAUGCUUCAGAAAUAUCUGAUUCAUUCGGGAUCACAAAAAGUGGUCAUAAAUUGUCACAAAAGAGAUCCAAAGAGUGACGAAAUGCCUGUCAUUUCAUCGAAACCAUACAUCGCUGGAGACGUUGUCUUCAAAUGCAAACCAUUGAUGACAAUUGACUGGUCUUUCCAUAAGAAUGAGUGCCAACUCAUGCGGCAGAAGAAACUCCGAUCGGAUCCCAAUUGGCAUAUGUAUAACCGUUUACUUCGUCUGUAUCUUCGGAUCAAAUCCGAGCCGACAUUUCUAACCGAAAGCCACCAAUUGAUUGACGGAUCAAACGUUUGUCUCAACACAAUAUCUGUGGACAAGAAUCCAAUUGUUGUCAAUGCCUUCAAUGUGGUUAAGAAACAAUUUAAAAUUUUAGGCAUUGAUUUCAAAGAAUCCCUUUUGAAGCGAUACUAUCGGUUCAUAUUAGGGAACAGCUUUCAGAUGAGACACUAUAGCGACGAUCCCAUGGAUAAUACGAAUCCAAUUGGUCUUCAUAUCGGAAAUGCUGUGACUCUUGAGUUGAUGUGUGUCCGCCACUCAUGUCAUCCAAACACCGCUUUCAUUACUAAAGGUGAUAGCAUUGAAAUCCGUGCCAUGAAGUCGAUAGCGAGUGGCGAAGAGAUUACUAUGGAUUUGAUUCCGUUAGAUAAGACCGGUUUCUGUAGGGAUUUCAUCAGAGAUUAUUUGCACAUCAAAUGUGAUUGCGUUAAAUGUAAACCAAAUGUUGAGAAACGCAAUGAAUGGCAAGAGUUUGAACAACUUUUGAAGAAACACGACGACCACUGGGAGUGGGCGAUGAACUCCAAUCUCAAGCACAAGAAUCUCAACUAUGAAAUGGACACUCAAUUCAUACAAUAUUUGGAUUCAAUAUAUGGAAAGUAUCAUCAAAUGAAGACUUACUAUCUCUUGAAGUCAUUCAUCUGUUUUGCCUCCGAUUCACGAAAGGCUAACCAAUCGUCGAAAGAGCUCUGGUAUAAGACAGUUGAGGAACACUUGUUGGUCACUCACGGAUCAGACCAUCCGUGUUGUAAAGUACUUCUUUCGCCCACUUUUGAAGACUAUAUCAUUGGAAACAGACCUCCAAAGAGGAGAUUAAAGAAAUAUUUGCUAUUUUUGGUGAGUGUAUUGACUUGUGUUAGAUAUGGUAUAUCGGGUGCCGUCCGACACAAAUCAGUUCAGGCAUUCUUCAGCGAUGCCAACGCUUUGAUGGCAUUCAUCCCAUCCUUAAUCUGUGGUUCACUCAACAAAUGCGCCCACAAUUGUCUGCCAGUCGUCCAUAAGUUUGUGGCCACUAAUAUGUGUUUAUUUCGCAAUAAAUUCAAGAUAUUGUUAUUCAUUGAGAGUCUGUCUGAACGGGAGAUCGGAUAUGGUAUAUCGAGUGCCGUCCGACACAAAUCAGUUCAGGCAUUCUUCAGCGAUGCCAACGCUUUGAUGGGUAAUCAACCAAUCGUUUCAAUAAUCCAUGUGUUGGUCAAUAUUCUUCAUCUCAUCCCUUAUGGCAUACUUUUUGCACAAAGAGAUGGACUUUCAGAUCAUUAA